GAGUUCAUCCCCGACCGGAGCUUUGACGGCACAUAUGUGUAGAGUUUCUAGAGUUGUAUAAUGGCUCUUCUGCGCAGUGUUGGGCUUCUGGCUCUGCUGGUGUCGGUCCGGUGUCUGAACCGGGAGCAGCUCUUCGAUUACGGGAUCCGGUUUGGCGACCAGAUUCUGGAUUCUGGAACCGAUUCGGUUCGAGAGCUCGAGCUGGAGCAAACGCUCUUCUUCUUCAAAGGAACGUUCGAUAAAGUUUACGUCAACACCAAUGGCUUCAUCUCGCUGACUAACCCGACCGAUGAGUCUGAGUACCUGGGGAAGAUGCCGGCCAGUUUUGGUAUGAUUGCAGCCUUCCUGGGAGAUCUGGACACCACCGAUGGGGCCGGUUAUGUCUAUUUCCGCCAGGAUAAAAGCCCUGAUGUGCUCCAGAGAGCCGCAGAGCACAUCGGCCAAGCGUUUCCUUCUGACGACGAGAUCGAACCCACUCGCGCCAUCAUCGUCACCUGGGAGAAUGUGGCGCCUCAAGGUGAACGAGGAACAGGAGGUGAAUAUGCGAGAAAUACUUUCCAGCUGGUUGUAGCAAACAUGGAGUCUGCGUCUUACACCAUCCUGCUGUAUCCAGAGGAGAGCAUGCAGUUCGGCUCCACUCUCAUUGAUGAUGAAGAUCAGCUGGUUGAGGUCGGCUUCAAUGAAGGGAAGGUCCCGGGAUGGUUCGGGUGGGCGACCACUCAGGGAUCUUACUAUCGCAUCUCUGAAGACAGCGAGGAGUCAAUAAGCGCUCUCGCACAGGAGACAAACUCGGGCCGGCCUGGCGUUUGGGUCUACGAGAUCGGCAAGUCUCCGUUAUUCACCUCCAUCACACCCGGAGAGGUCACGGAGGUCACGUCUGAGGAGACUGUGGUGGACUCUCCGGUCCCUGAGCCGUCAGUCCCGUGGAUUCGACAGCGUGAAGAGCUUCAGACCUCCGAAGCUCCGUAUGAAAUGCUCACCACUAGUCCAGAGCCGUUCGGAGAGUCGUCGACCCCUGACGAGCUUCAGCAUCGCUACGUUCAACCUCAGCAGCGGCCACAGAACCCGCAGGUGCUGAUCAUCGAUGAAGACGAGCUGAACGUCGACGUGUUCUCUUAUAAUUACGAGACGUGCUCCAGCAACAAGCACAAGUGCUCUGUGUUCGCCGACUGCAGAGAUUACGCUGACGGAUUCUGCUGUCACUGCAAACCCGGUUACUACGGCAACGGCAAGGAUUGCGUCGCCGAGGGCAAGCCUCAGAGGAUGAACGGGAAGGUCAGCGGCAGGAUCUACGUCGGUGGUUCUCCGUCUCCUGUGGAGUUUUCCAACAACGACCUGCACUCGUAUGUGGUGACUAACGACGGUCGAGCGUAUAUCGCCAUCAGCAGCAUCCCAUCCAGCGUCGGUCCGUCUCUGCAGCCUCUGCUGGCUCUCGGUGAAGCCAUCGGCUGGGCCUUCGCUCUGCAGCAGCCCGACUACCACAACGGCUUCAGCAUCAUCGGAGGGGUUUUCACGCGGCAGGCCGAGGUCGUCUUCCAGCCCGGGAACGAACGGCUGAGCAUCAGGCAGGAGUUCAGCGGCAUCGAUGAACACGAUCACCUGCUGAUCAGCACCGAACUGGACGGCAGGAUCCCAGAGGUGCCUCGAGGAGCCACGGUCCAGAUCGAGCCCUACAGCGAGAUUUACCAGCACUCCAGCAACCUGAUUACGUCCUCCUCGCGGCGGGACUAUAUCGUUAGUAUGCCCGAUGGUAGCGUUCGCACACUCAGCUUCUUGUGGACGCAGAACAUCAAGUUCCAGAGCUGCCCGCACGAGGAGGUCCUGAGCGCUGUGCCGGUGAGCCAACAGCUCAGCGUCGACCAGAUCUUCGUCAUGUAUGACUCCAGCAACCAGCUGAUCCGCUUCGCCAUGAGCAACAAGAUCGGCUCCAUCCACAGUGGAAUCCCGGAGCAGAAUCCCUGUUUCACUGGGAGACACGGCUGCGACACUAAUGCCGUCUGUCGUGCUGCUCAAGGCAAAGACUUCACCUGCGAAUGCGCCGCUGGAUUCACCGGCGACGGACGGGUUUGUUACGAUGUUGAUGAGUGCUCAGAAAGCCCUCAGAUCUGCGGUCCGUACAGCAUCUGCAGCAACCAGCCCGGACCUUUCCGCUGUGAGUGUGUGGAGGGUUUUCAGUUCGCCGGCGAUGGACGAACCUGCGUCGAGACGGAGCGUCCCGUGGAUCACUGUCAGAGAGGAACGCACGACUGCGACGCUCCCGAGCGCUCCAGAUGCAGCUACACCGGAGACUCGUCUUAUAUCUGCUCGUGUCUGCCGGGCUUCUCUGGAGACGGACGGGCGUGUCAGGAUAUCGAUGAGUGCCAGCCGGGCCGUUGCCAUAGCGAUGCCAUCUGCCACAACACCCAGGGCUCCUUCACCUGUCAGUGCCGGCCUGGUUUCCACGGCGACGGCUUCAGCUGCACACCUGGAUCCGAUCGUGAGCAGACGGCGUGUGAGCGUCACAAAGAAGCAGCCCAGGCCUCGUCCUCUUCCUCGGGUGGAUUCUUCUUCUUCCGUCCGCGUCCGGCUGUGGGUCAGUACGUGCCCAGCUGUGACGCUUACGGUGCUUACGAAACCCUGCAGUGUCACGCCAGCGUGGCUCAGUGCUGGUGCGUUGACUCGUCCGGACAGGAGAUUCCCGGAUCCAGAGCCCAACCGAGCAGCAGACCCAUGUGUCUUGAUCACAAUGUGGCUCCGCCCCUCAUUGGCCCCACCCCCAGAGCCGACAUCAGUCCUCUGACUCCUGGAGCAAACCUCUUGUUCACUCAAAGCGGCAGGAUCGAUCACAUCCCGCUGGACGGCAUCCGGAUGAUGAAAGACGAGGCGAAGACCGUUCUGCACGAACCUGUGAAUCUGGGCAGUCCUGAGGGAAUCGCCAUCGAUCACAUGUCCAGAAACAUGUACUGGACCGACUCCAUACUGGACCGCAUCGACGUGUCCCGAUUGGACGGAAGUCAGAGGCGCGUCCUCUUUGACGAUGACCUCAUCAACCCGCGACCAAUCAUCGCUGACCCCGCCUUCGGAUACCUGUUCUGGUCCGACUGGAACCGUGACGGGCCCAAGAUCGAGCGCUCCGGUUUGGACGGGAGCGACAGGACGGUGCUGGUGCAGGACGGGCUGGGGCUGCCCAACGCUUUGACCUUUGACCCCCAGAGCAGGCGGCUCUGCUGGGCGGACGCAGGAACUCGUCAGGUGGAGUGUAUCGAUCCGUUCUCUCGUCUCAGGAGGAAACUGACCGAAGGGAUUCAGUAUCCGUUCGCCAUCGUGUCUUACGGCAGAAACCUCUAUUACACCGACUGGAGGAGGGAAGCAGUGGUUGCUAUGGACCGUCAUGAUGGGAUGGAGGUGGAGGAGUUUCUUCCUCAGAGACGUUCACGUACAUACGGCAUCGCUAUCACUUACCCACAAUGCCCUGCAGGCGUGAACUACUGCUCUCGUGAUAACGGAGGCUGCUCUCAUCUCUGUCUGCCGCGGCCGGGCGGAUUCACCUGCCGCUGUCCCGACGCCAGAGACGGCUCGUGUGUCGAGCGGGACGAGAAUUUCUGAGGUUACGUGAGACUGAGAGACACUGAGAACCGAGGAGGGAAUGAUUUGUGUUCCUUAUGGCUUGGGUCGAGACAAUCAAUACAGUAGGGAUGCACUCGAUAUAUUCAUAUCGCAUCUGCCACUAUCAGUGUUCUUCAUCAUUGUGUCAGUCCGAUGAGGCUGAUAAUAGACACAAGAUAAAAUCAGGGAUUCACUUUUCUCAAAGUCUUUCGAAAGUACUGAAGAGUUCCGUAUGGAAGCUUGUUUUCGUCACAGAAUAAAAAAUUA